GGCUGGUUGCUCCUAUUCGCUCGUUGUUUCCUUAUUCAUGAUACACAUUAACGGGAGACGCUCAUCAUAUUCCUCUAGUACUCUGUGCUUUCAAUAUGGCUGACACACGCAGCCUCAUGUUCGUUUGGGAAUGGUUAGCCGCCACUGAUACCAAACUUGGGCAUCUGUGCAGAGUUCUGUCUCGGGGCUUCAUGAUAGGCACGGCUAUUCUCUUACCAGUCGUUACCCAAUAUGAGAACAGUUUCUACAGAUUUCUAGUUUCAUGUAUUUUUAUGGUUGCGACGUUUGCCCACUUUGCUUUUAACUGGGAAGGGGUCAAAAGAUAUGCCCUCUUUGCCCUGGCUACAAUGUUCUUGUCUGGACUCGCCACAGUACCCUUUUCCAAGGCUUCGGUACCUUUGCUGCUUGAUCGUCUUCCGAUCUUGAUCAUGAUGACGGGUCUCUGGAUCGAAGAAAUUCCUAGGUUAUUCAAACGCUUAAUGACAGAUCCUCGAUUUGUGCCACCGGACGUGGGCUCCGAACCUGACAGAGACCCGGUCCUCCCCACACUCGAUCAUGAUAAGGAACUAUUCGCUCAUAUGGAUGGUGCUGAGAGGGAGCAAUUUAAUACACUGAGUCAGGUCUCUUCGGAUAUAUCCCUAUCGCAUGUUGGAUCUGGGAAGCUUCCAUCAUCCUGUGAUACGAUGACGCGUGCCUUCUGGCCUGAUCUACUGGACCGGAGCGACAAACGCAGAGAGAGCGACGGGGAUGAGGACGAAGGUUAAUGUUAUUGGAAAUUGCCCUUUUCUUGCUGAUGAUUCAACGUCGUCUUUUAGAGCAUUUCGACAAGAUUCGCUAAACGGGAUGACUGACGCUGCCCCAGCUGUCUCAACCCAACGGAAAUACGGAAAUGCAUCGGAUGACAUAGGCCAUACCAUAGAAUGAUCUGCUCUUAUGUGUCUUUGGA